UCCCCGCAGAUGCGGUUCAUGCUGCUGUUCAGCCGGCAGGGGAAGCUCCGCCUGCAGAAGUGGUUCCUGGCCACGGCCGACAGGGACAAGAAGAAGCUGGUGCGGGAGCUGAUGCAGGUGGUGCUGGCGCGCAAGCCCAAGAUGUGCAGCUUCCUGGAGUGGAGGGACCUCAAGGUGGUUUACAAGAGGUACGCCAGCCUCUACUUCUGCUGCGCCAUCGAGGGGCAGGACAAUGAACUCAUCACGCUGGAGCUCAUCCACCGCUACGUGGAGCUGCUCGACAAGUACUUCGGCAGCGUCUGCGAGCUCGACAUCAUCUUCAACUUCGAGAAGGCGUACUUCAUCCUGGACGAGUUCGUGAUGGGCGGCGAGAUCCAGGACACCUCCAAGAAGAGCGUCCUCAAGGCCAUCGAGCAGGCGGAUCUGCUGCAGGAGGAGGAUGAGUCCCCCCGCAGCGUGCUGGAAGAGAUGGGGCUGGCAUAGCCCACCCUUAUGGGGUGUGGGGGGGACACCCCCAUAUUAAUGCCCCUCCCCCCCCCAUUCAUCCACAUGGGACCAACCCUGGACACAAGAACAGGGAGGGGGAGGCACCCCAAAAGGCCCCCCACAAGCUGUAAAUAUAUAUAUAUAUGGGGGGCAUCCCCUUAUUGGGGGGGGGGCAGCGCUGCAGGGUCCCUGUGCCCCCCCCCCAUGGACCCUGUUUUUGGGGGGGGGGAAUCACAAGUGGGUGCCCCCCCCCCAAAGUGACCCUUUUUGGGGUGCUGGGGGGGGUGGUGACAGGAACCCCCCCCCUUGUCCCUUGGGGGUUCCCUCCUUUGGGGGGGUCACUCAUUUGGGGACCCCCCAAAUAAUGGGACCAUCCUCGUGCUGUCCCCCCUAUGGAAUAAAGCUUAUGGAGCCC